ACUUGCUGGAAAGCCCCCUGUUUUCUCAAUCUCCCUUUCCACUUCGGUAAAAUGCCCACUUUCUGGUCCCCACCUUUUUCCUGAGUGUAGUCCCAACCAGUCAAAUCCAACCUCAAAACAGGAAGACCCAAGGCCAGUGACCCCCAUAGGCCUGAGGCUUGUGCAGGCAGUGGGCGUGGUGUAAGGCUUCCUGAUGCCCCCUGUCCCUGCCCAGAACCUGAUGGCCCUCAUUAGUCCUUGGCUCUUAUCUUGGAAGCACAGGCGCUGACAGCCGUCCCAGCCCUUGUGUCUGCGGGCCUGAACCAAACGGUGCCAUGGGGAACUGUCUGCACAGGGCAGAGCUCUCCCCCUCAACUGAGAACUCAAGUCAGCUGGACUUCGAAGAUGUAUGGAAUUCUUCCUAUGGUGUGAAUGAUUCCUUCCCAGAUGGAGACUACGAUGCCAACCUGGAAGCAGCUGCCCCCUGCCACUCCUGUAACCUGCUGGAUGACUCUGCACUGCCCUUCUUCAUCCUCACCAGUGUCCUGGGUAUCCUAGCUAGCAGCACUGUCCUCUUCAUGCUUUUCAGACCUCUCUUCCGCUGGCAGCUCUGCCCUGGCUGGCCUGUCCUGGCACAGCUGGCUGUGGGCAGUGCCCUCUUCAGCAUUGUGGUGCCCAUCUUGGCCCCAGGGCUAGGUAGCACUCGCAGCUCUGCCCUGUGUAGCCUGGGCUACUGUGUCUGGUAUGGCUCAGCCUUUGCCCAGGCUUUGCUGCUAGGGUGCCAUGCCUCCCUGGGCCACAGACUGGGUGCAGGCCAGGUCCCAGGCCUCACCCUGGGGCUCACUGUGGGAAUUUGGGGAGUGGCUGCCCUACUGACACUGCCUGUCACCCUGGCCAGUGGUGCUUCAGGUGGACUCUGCACCCUGAUAUACAGCACGGAGCUGAAGGCUUUGCAGGCCACACACACUGUAGCCUGUCUUGCCAUCUUUGUCUUGUUGCCAUUGGGUUUGUUUGGAGCCAAGGGGCUGAAGAAGGCAUUGGGUAUGGGGCCAGGCCCCUGGAUGAAUAUCCUGUGGGCCUGGUUUAUUUUCUGGUGGCCUCAUGGGGUGGUUCUAGGACUCGAUUUCCUGGUGAGGUCCAACCUGUUGCUGUUGUCAACAUGUCUGGCCCAGCAGGCUCUGGACCUGCUGCUGAACCUGGCAGAAGCCCUGGCAAUUUUGCACUGUGUGGCUACGCCCCUGCUCCUCGCCCUAUUCUGCCACCAGGCCACCCGCACCCUCUUGCCCUCUCUGCCCCUCCCUGAAGGAUGGUCUUCUCAUCUGGACACCCUUGGAAGCAAAUCCUAGUUCUCUUCCCACCUGUCAACCUGAAUUAAAGUCUACACUGCCUUUGUGAA